AUGCCUUUUACGGCCAACGCUCGGUCGCCCACUGUCACUAUGCCAAGAAUCAAGUCAAUGACAACUGGCUCCAUUCCCUCUUUUGUCGAUCUGAUCUUGAACUUCGAUGAAGGGGACACUUCAUCAACACUGGCUUCUCAGGACACUUGGUUAGCUCAGAUUAAGGCUCAUGGCAUGGGCAAGCUCCUCAUGUAUGGAGAUGACACUUGGUUGAAGUUGUUUCCAAACACCUUUGAUCGCGAAGAUGGAACUACAAGUUUCUUUGUAGCGGACUUUACUGAAGUGGACCACAAUGUCACCAGAAACAUUGCUCCUGAGCUAGAAAACAACGACUGGGGGCUCAUGGUCCUUCACUACCUUGGUCUAGAUCACAUUGGACACAAAGCUGGACCCAAAAGUCCUAACAUGGUUCCCAAACAAGAAGAGAUGGAUAGUAUUGUCGAGACUCUCUUUGAAGCUAUGAAGACCAAGCCUCAUCUUGACUCAACCCUGCUCGUCUUAUGUGGUGACCACGGUAUGAAUGACGCCGGAAACCACGGUGCCUCUUCACCUGGUGAAACAUCGCCCGCUCUCGUUUUCAUGUCACCAAAACUGAAGUCAAUCUCCUCGAAACUCCCCGCACCAGCUCAGCCCAAAGAUGAGUUUGACUUUUACUCCAUGGUAGAGCAAUCCGAUUUGGCACCAACCAUUGCUGCCUUGCUGGGUUUUCCUGUCUCCAAGAACAAUCUGGGGGCUUUCAUUCCAGACUUUCUCCCCUUCUGGGACAAGACUAGUGAUCAGAUCCAGAUCCUGGUUCGAAAUGCCCGGCAAAUCCUCAAUAUUGUCACUGCUGCGUUUGGAAGUGAGCUCUUCGAUUCCGAGAGCAGCGUUGAUCCAUGUGCUCUGGAGCAGACGGAAAUUAACGAGUUGGCUUGCCAAUGGCGAAAGAUCAACAGAGAGGCUCACGUCGUUGCAGCUGGUGACAAAUUGGAUCAGAAAUGGCUUGACGAAAUGUCUCAAUGGCUUCGACGGGCACAGGAUGUGAUGAGUAGCAUGGCUUCUAAUUAUGACAUGCCCAAGCUGUACAUCGGCCAAGCAAUUGCUGCCAUUGCUGCUGUCGCUAGUGCAAUGGUGGUCGUGAGUCUCGGGGCUCACCGCGAUGGACAGAUUCUUCCCUUUACCCUCCUGACACUAGCGUAUGGUGCCAUGAUGUACGCCAGUAGUUAUGUCGAGGAGGAACAGCACUUCUGGUAUUGGGCUUCGAGCAUCUGGCUUGUGGUCCAGGGCGUGCUUCAUGUUCGAAGAAAAACUAGUACGGAAGAAGUUGCCUGGGUGUUCGUUGCCCUAGCAGCAUUGAGAAUCACUAGAGGUUGGAACCAAACCGGUCAGAAAUUCGCAGGAGAUCCAGACAUCGUCAAAAGCUUCGUCGUUACGCACCCGCAACUUCUAUGGGGCAUUAUCACUUUAGGAUACAUGAUGUUGUCGUUCCGACUACUCGCUCGCCUCAAGAGUCUCCCCUCUCUCGCCAGCACGAGCAUCACUUCAGUUCUGCUCAUGUCUGCUUACAGCUUCAAACUUGACUUCACCAGCGAAGAUGCACCCGAGCUUGUCGUUGGCUUCGCCAAAAGCUUGAACGAUUUGCUCGUGGGCCAGUCACUGCUUUGGAGAGCUAGAACCGCUUUCAUCCUUCUUGGUAUCCUGUUUGGAUAUGGCAUCUACCGCUCCUUCACUGGUGGUCGGAACGGGCAAAUGCAAUCAGCAUACCUCUUCCACCAUCUCUACACAAUUUUUGGCAUGACUCAGUCUCGUGCUACAAAUAUCCCCCUCUUCCACCUGUCGGACAUUCUCUUCCAUGCACUCCAAGCUACUGACCUCUCUGUAACUGGAAUCACCAUCACCACUAUUCUCUUCCAGUACACAACAUUCUUCGCUUUUGGCGGCUCAAAUGCCAUCAGCUCUGUUGACCUUUCAAGUGCAUACAACGGCAUCAGUGGUUUCAACUUCUUUGCUGUUGGGUUUCUCACCCUCGUCAGCAACUGGGCUGGGCCCAUCUUCUGGACAUCUGCUGCCAAUCUCCUGCUACUCCGCAAGUAUCAUGAGGGCCAACGCAAUGCAUUUUGGCAAUACAUCGCCUUGCAGACUCUAUUCGUCUCUGCGACAGUUGCGUUGGUCAUGGCAGCUUGCACUUCGUUGAGAACACAUCUUUUUAUCUGGACUGUCUUCUCACCAAAGUAUCUUUACUGUAUGGCCUGGAGCUUAGGUCAACAUUUACUAAUCAAUGUUGGCUUUGGGGGUCUCCUUUUUUGGUUGGGAUCGCGCAACUAG